CGGGCAUCGAGUCAACUGGCAGACUGGCGGGCACUGCGGGCUGCGGGCAGAGUCGUCUGGCAAGACUGCGGGCACCGAGUCGUCUGGCAAGACUGCGGGCACCGAGUCGCCUGGCAAGACUGCGGGCACCGAGUCGUCUGGCAAGACUGCGGGCACCGAGUCGUCUGGCAAGACUCUGGCAACCGGGCACCGAGUCGUCUGGCAAGAACAGCGGGCACCGAGUCGUCUGGCAAGACAGUGGGCUCCGAGUCAACAGGCACGACAGUGGGCACCGGGUCAUCAGGUAUCGGAUUGUCUGGCUCGACAGCGGGCAUCGGGUCACCAGGCAUCAGGUCAUUUGGCUUGCCAGCGGGCACCGCGUCAUCUGGCAAGGCAGUGGGCACCGGGUCACCAGGUAUGACAGCGGGCUCUGAGUCAAUUGGCACGACAGCGGGCACUGGAUCAGGUACCGGAUCAUCUGGAUCAACAGCGGGCAUCGAGUCAACUGGC